AUGGCAGAGGAACAGAGUCUGUGUACUUAUCUUUUAAUUGAACCCUUUUGUGGCGGGUCUCAUAAACAAUUGAUCGAUCAACUGAUACAAGACAUUCCGGAUUGUUCAUCUUUUACUCUUCCUGGUAAAAAAUGGCAUUGGAGAGCGAGGACAUCUUCUGUCUAUUUCAGCCAGAUUAUUCCGAAAAAUAACGGCAAUUGCAACCUUGUGGCAGAUACUUUGGUUUUCAAUUCCCAGUACAACAAAAAUUCUUUCUUGGAGAAUAUCUCUACCUUUUUGAAGCUUAUUCCUGACUACCGUCCAAGAAAUCUGGCUGAAAAACUGGCCCCCAAAUGCAAAGUUGUCCAUUUUCCUCUCUCUCUGCCUCCACUCCAUGUAAAUUCCUCAGCUUUCUGCAAGACAAUGCCUGGUGAGCAGGUAGAAAUUUCAGAUGAAAACUUACUAACUGACAAAGAAAAUUCCUGCUUGGCAAAUUCACUGGCUACUGAUUACCUGGCAUCCUUGCAGGUGGACAAUUACCCCAGUUCAACACAGAAACGCUCACUGGAUGAAGGCUGUUUAUCAGGACUUGUAUCCAAAUGCAGUAAGUUGAGCAAUGCAGAUCAAGAAGAUGGGAAUCUUCAAGAGAAAGCAGAGGAGAAAAAUGAGAAUAACGAUAACAUUCCGUCAGUGCCUCCGUCGAUAGAACCCGAGAGCAAACCUUUGCAUAUCGUAUGGCCACACAGAUGGGAACAUGAUAAAGAUCCUGAUACAUUGUUUGAGGUUUUACUCAAGCUGCAUGAAGAUGGUCUGGAAUUUUUUGUUUCUGUCAUUGGUCAAACAUUUACAGAUGUUCCAAGUGUGUUUGCUGAAUCCCAGACAAACCUUCUUUCCCACAUAAAAAAUUGGGGCUAUGUAGAAAAAAUCUUCCCAGGAUGUUAUUUGUAUAACACCUCAAACCAGUUGUACAAGAGACUAAAGGAAUUUUGUAAACGUCCAUUUCUUCCUCGAAAUCAUCACCCUCAGGUUGAUUUGGAGCAGUUUACUUGGAAACACCUGAAGCAGUCAUACUGUGACAUUUUAAAUGGAAUUUGA